AGAGAAUUUGUCCAUUUUUUAAAAGUAAUAUCAUUGUGAGCUAGGGUUUCAAGGAUUUGUUUUUUUAGUGAUAUGGUCUUAUUAGUAUCAUUUUAAUUUACUUCGAUGGCUAGUGAAGACAAUGAAAUUGUUUCUGAUUUCUAUCCCCAUUUUCGAAUCUAUAAAAAUGGACGCGUUGAACGUUUUUAUCAUUUACAAAAUUGUUUUUACGUUCCACCAACACAUGAACCAGAUUCUGACACAGGUGUCUCCUCUAAAGAUGUUGCAAUCAACUCUCAUGUUUCAGCUAGGCUCUUUUUACCAAAUGUUACAAUUAACACAAAUAAAAAACUCCCAAUUAUUGUAUUUUACCAUGGUGGAGCCCUAGUCUUGGGAUCAGCAUUCUUCAACAAGGUUUAUCGUUUCCUUAAUCUUCUUGUGUCUGAAUCAAACUCAAUAGCCGUAGCUGUUGAUUACAGGUUAACCCCAGAACAUGAUGUGUCUACUGUGUAUGAAGAUUGUUGGACUGCUCUUCAAUGGGUUGCUAGUAGCCAAGAUUCAUGGCUAACAAGUCAUGGUGAUUUUGGUAAGGUGUUUUUGUUGGGAGAAAGUGCCGGAGCCAAUAUUGCUUUCAACAUGAUAAUCAGAGCAGACAGAGAAAAAUUAAAUGGUGAUGUGAAAAUAAAUGGUUUAAUUCUUGCUUGUCCUUAUUUCUUGAUCCCACAUGAAAAUAUUGAUGUGGAGAAUUUGCUUGCUUACAAGGCAUGGAGAGAGAUUAUUUGUCCAAACUUAGAAUCCCCUUUUGAUUGUCCAAUGAUUAAUCCACUUUGUAAAACAAGUCCUAACUUAUCAAAGCUAGUAUGUUCAAAAUUAUUUGUGUGUUUGGCUGAGAAAGAUGAAUUGAUUCCAGUAGAAAUGUUGAUGCAAUUUGUUGAUAGUGUGAAGAAAAGUGGAUGGAAUGGACAGUUUGUGUUACAUGUGGUGGAAGGAGAAGGUCAUUGUUUUUUAAUUGACAAUCUUGAAACUGAGAAAGCUAGAGAUAGCAUUAAGAGAUUUGCUUCUUUCAUCCAAAGCAAGUGAGUCGAGUCGCGGAAGUAACUACUAAUGUUUGAAUAAGAAUAGGUUGUUUGUAUCACACCUUUUAGGGUGAGGCCCUUUUUAUUAAUAGUGAAAUGCUUUGUAAGUCGAACUGUCUUUUUUAUAUAAUAAAGUCUUUGUGUUAUUGUAAAA